ACUUCGAAAACCGUCUUUACAGACGCGUAAGAUAAUCAAACAGUAGUGAUAUUAGAUCUGACGGUUUAGAACUCGUAUAUAAGGAGUGAUGUUAUCUCGUUCAAAGAGUCAUUCCAUCGUCCGUUACUCAAAGAAGCAACAAAGUGCCUUUAAUUACGAAAGAAUUCAUCUCUAGUUUCAAGAAAAAUUUAUUAAACUACAAGACCGAAAUCAUGGCCAAGGAUAAUCUCACUGCCAUACUUUACGGCAUCAAUGACAUUCGUCUGGAACAAACACCUAUUGAGGAACCAGAAGCCAAUGAAGUGUUAAUAGAAAUGAGUUGUGUUGGAAUUUGUGGAUCGGACGUUCAUUAUCUUGAAAAGGGUAGAAUAGGUGAUUUUAUUUUACGUAAACCAAUGAUUAUCGGUCAUGAAUCAUCUGGAGUAAUUGCUAAACUUGGAAAAAAUGUGACGAAUUUGAAGGUCGGUGAUCGUGUAGCCAUUGAACCUGGUGUGCCUUGUAGAUUAUGUAGUUUCUGUAAAAACGGCCGUUAUAAUUUAUGUAAGGACAUGGUAUUUUGUGCUACUCCUCCUGUACACGGCAGUUUAAGACGCUUUUACAAACACGCAGCUGAUUUUUGUUUCAAAUUGCCUGAUCAUAUAACGUUAGAAGAAGGAGCUCUUAUGGAGCCUUUAUCGGUUGGUGUUCACGCUUGCAAACGUGCGGAUGUAAGAAUUGGUUCCAAAGUAUUAAUUUUAGGAGCUGGACCAAUUGGUUUAGUAACAUUAUUAGUUGCUAAAGCUAUGGGUGCUAGUAAAGUUAUUAUUACUGAUAUAAAGCAAGAUAAAUUAGAUGUAGCUAAAAAACUUGGAGCUGAUGAGACAUAUUUAAUGGAACGUGAGGUUUCUGAAAAUGAAAAUGUAAAAAAAAUUCAUGAACUAUUUGGUGAUGAUCCUGAUAAGACAAUUGAUGCAUCUGGUGCUCAGGCAUCAAUACGUUUAGCUAUAUUAGUAACUAAAUCAGGUGGUGUAAUUGUUUUGGUUGGUUGUGGUCCUCCUGAAGUACAAGUUCCACUUAUGAAUGCAUUAGUAAGAGAAGUUGACAUUAGAGGUGUUUUUAGAUAUGCUAAUGACUAUGGUGAUGCGUUAGAACUGUUGUCUUCCAAAAAAAUAGAUGUGAAACCACUUAUAACUCACAACUACAAAAUAGAGGAUACUGUUGCAGCAUUUGCGCAAACAAAAUCAGAAAGUGGUGUAAUUAAAGUUAUGAUCCACUGCAAAUAAGGAAAUAAUAGCUUAAUUCAAAAUUAAGCUAAAGUAAAAUAUACAAAAAAAAAAAAAAAAAAAAAAAAAAAAAAAAAAAAAAAAAAAAAAAAAAUAGAAUAUAUGUUUUCAUUUACAUAUUUUUACAUGAAAAAAUUACAGACUUGUAGUCUUAAAACUGAAGACAGAUUUUAUCUGAUAUGUAUAAUAAUAUUACAAAUUUAAAGUAUAUAUUUUAUAAAUAACUGCAAAUAUAGUUGUUGAUUGAU